CAAAGAAGGAGAUUAAAGAAAUGAUUACCAAAGAUAUAUCGAAUAUACAUAAUUAUUCCUUGGAUGUUAAAAAAUAUAUUAACAACCAGCUUGAAGACACUCUGGAUUAUUUACAUGGUUUAAUUGCUGAAAUACCACAAUCAGUCCCUGGCCCUUCAACUACAAAGAGGCCGAAAGUUUUGAAGAAAAAAGGUUAUCGCCGUAAAGAGACUAUCCCAGAAAAUGAUAUUAUCAAUACUGAUAAUACAGUAACAGAUUCAGCAGUACAUGAUAAAACAGAAAAUAAAGAUGUAAAAACUGGGGAUGUGCUGGAAACAACAAUUGACCGAACAAAAAGAAAGGCUGCAAUAAAAGCUGCAAUUAAUAUUAAAAAGCAGCAGUCAAUGUCACUUGUUACAAAAUUACGAAGGCUAACUCUUGAUGAUGACAGUAAUGUAAAUAGGAAACGUGGAGGCCGACCUAAAAAAAAGGAAAGUGCUAGAAGUAGUUCAGAUGAAAAAAACACAAAAGGUCCUACAAAACAUAGUAAAACAAAAAAGAAUGUUUUAAGCGAAACAAUUUCAAAAGAAGAUGCAAUACAGCCAGAAAGGAUUGAACCAUUAAAGUCUUCAAUGACAACAAGAGAUAGAUAGACAACAAUAUAAAGAGAACUUUUUCACGGAGUGAAAACACGAAGGGUAAAUAUUCUAAUAUUAUUGAUGAUACAGUAAUUCCAUCAGCAAGAAAUGAUAUUGAAGAUCCUUCAAUGUGCGAGGAUGCACUUGAGAAAUUUACUCCUCUUAUGAAUUCCACGAUGGACAUCAAUUCUACUUAUACGCAGAAGAUGAUGGACGCUACCGCAAUUGUAGAACCUUUAUCACCAAUAAAA